AUACAAAGUUAAAUUUAAUAUGAGCGGCAACUAAGAAAGUUUAUUAAAAGUUCGAUAAUAUAUUUUGCAAAAUACUUAAAAUUUCAUAACAUUACAGUAAACCCUUAUUAAAAUGGAGGAGGAUUUGUUUAAUAUGCCAUUACCGGAAGUGAAACGAGAGCUUCGUCGCGGCUUUAUCGAGUGUCAAAAACGUGGUUUAAUUCAAAGUGCUAAAUGGCUUGCUGAAAUGAGCCAAGGAUUAAGUGAUAUUGAUUGUGAAGUUGCUGGUAGCAAUAGUUGCAAUCAACAUAUGACAUAUGAUGGAGGAGAAGCGUGUUUGUUUUUAGAAGGAAUAGCGGUAGCUGAAUAUGAUAAUUAUUUUCUCGCUAAAAGUUAUUUUGAUGUGCGUGAGUAUGACCGAGCCGCAUACUUUGUGCGUAAUUGCGAAUCCUCAGUACCUCGAUUUCUUCAUAUUUAUGCCACUUACUUGGCAAAAGAAAAGAAACGCUUGGACUCCACGACGGAUCGUUCAAAUCUGAAUGACACUGGUCACGUACGAGAUAUGACAGAUUUAUUGUCAACACUCCGUUCUGAAUAUUCACAUGGUCGACUUGAUGGUUAUGGCAUAUACCUUUAUGGAGUAGUGUUAAAGUCCUUAAAUUUAAACAAAGUAGCCAUACAAAUGUUUAUACAUGCAAUUCGAUUAUCGCCAAUGUUGUGGGCAGCUUAUGUUGAAUUGGCUCCUCUUAUAGUGGAAAAAGAAAAAAUGUUAUCAUUAAAUUUUGGAGGACAUUGGAUGAGACAUUUCUUUGUAGCACAUACCUACAUUGAAAUGUACUUAAACGACGAAGGGCUGAAAGCAUAUGAAGAUCUUCAACACGCGGGGUUUCGAAAAAGUGUCUACGUCACAUCUCAAAUGGCGCUUGCUUAUCACAACAAAAGAGAUGUGGAUCGAGCAAUAGAAAUUUUUCAAACACUACAGGAAGUAGAUCCCUAUCGUUUGGAGAACAUGGAUACCUAUUCUAAUUUGCUAUUUGUAAAAGAACUUAAGACUGAAAUGGCUCAGCUAGCACAUAAAGCUGUCAGCAUUAACAAAUAUUGUCCAGAAACUUGUUGUGUAGUUGGAAACUAUUAUAGCAUACGUUCAGAUCAUCAAAUGGCUAUUGUGUAUUUUCAAAGGGCUCUUAAACUAAAUCCUAAAUAUUUGUCUGCAUGGACUUUAAUGGGGCACGAAUUUAUGGAACUUAAAAAUACAAAUGCUGCUAUUCAAAGUUAUCGAAAAGCGGUUGAAGUCAAUAAGCGAGAUUACCGCGCGUGGUAUGGACUUGGUCAAUCAUAUGAAAUACUCAAAAUGAAUUAUUAUAGCUUAUAUUAUUUUAAAAUCGCACAUCAAUUACGGCCGUAUGAUAGUCGAAUGCUCGUAGCAUUAGGAGAAACAUAUGAAAAAUUGGAAAAAUUUGAUAAUGCUAUUAAGUGUUAUUGGAAAGCCUGUGAUGUGGGCGACAUUGAAGGAGUUGCUAUGUGGAAACUAGGUGGCCUACAUGAAAGGAGGGGAGAAAAAGAUGAUGCAGCGCAAUGUUAUAUAAUUUUUAGCGACGACGAACGUGCAACAACCGACAAACAAAAUCUGUAUCAUAGUCUUAUGGUAUUGGCAACCUAUUUCGAGGAAAGAGGGGAGUUUGAUAAAGCUUCACAUUAUGCUUACAAGUGUCUCGAGUCCGAUGAGAAAAAAUCUGAGGCCAAAGCUUUGCUAAAAACCAUUGAAAAUAAACGCAGUGGACAAGCAAUCACAAGUGACAGCGAGGUAAAUAAUUCUUCGAAUGCUAACGUAAUAGCAGCGGAUACGUCAUCAGAUGAUGACAUGGAAAUGGAGUUGAGUGAGUACUUGUGCAGUGAUUAUGUAUUGGCCGGCCAAUCAAAUACAAAGGGGCCGCCAAAGACUACAGCUACCAGUGCGGAGAGUGCAACCAAUUCACAUUUGGCAUCAAGUACUGCUGAAAUGAGCUUAAAUGAAAGCGAAAUGGUCGCUUCUAAUAAUGCGAAUGAAUCUGGGCCAAGCACAAGUGCAGCGGCGGCUGCAGCCAGAUCACUUUUGCGACAAAAUGAAAGAUCUACUGCACCGACACAUUUAGAGAGUAAUGACGACGAACCGCAUUCUAUGGAAAUAUCAUCAAUUUCUAUAGAUUAGAAACAUUUAAAUAUGAAUGUGUACAUUUUUUAAAGUAAUGGAGUCUUCCUUUCCCUCCUAUUCUCUGCUAUAUCUUGCUCAACGCUGUUCAGCUUAAUAAGUCUUAUUAUAAUUUAUGUCAGAUGUUUAAUUUAGAGGUCAAUUGUAAAGAUAUACUAUAAAGUUAAUAUACAUGCAAAUAUUAUAUAUGUAUGUUCCGUAACGAAUUUCCUAAAACCGAAAACUAGUAUGACGGUGAUUGAAGCUGAAUAAACAGAAUUUUUAGCUAGA